CUUCUUUACCUCCUGAGAAAUGAGAGAUUAAAGAAGCUGCAGUUGGCUGGAACGCUUUGUGUUUCAAUGUAUUAACUGGACGUACAAUGAACUGUGUGGAGAAAAGAUGUUGUCACUCUAUUGAAAUGAUCAUUGGAUAUCUUUUUGCUGUGACCCUGUCUCUCUGUAUUACUUUGGGUGCAAAUGCCCCAGACCUUCUCCAGUCUCCGAUCCUGCAACGUGUCAUCGAGGGUCACACUGCCCGGUUACUGUGCACCAUGAGGAACGCCGCAGUGACAGACACCGAUGUUUACUGGUACCGGGAACAACCAGGAAGAAUGACAGUGUGGAUCUUGAGACAUUACACAUCGAAUUAUAUACAACUGUACUCAGGAUUCACUGAGCGAUUCCAGCCUUCCAGAGACCUCUCCAGUAACAGCUUCAUUCUGACCAUCACAAACGUCCAGCCCAGUGACACUGGGGUCUAUUACUGCUCAGUCUGGGGAUGGAUCUAUGGGAGAGGAAGCCAGCUCAUUGUAGACAAAAAGUCUUCCUAUGGUAUUCCCUGGACUUCAGAUUCCAAUUUAAUCAUUGGCACCAUUCUGGGCUUCGCUGUCUUGAUCUGCAUUGUCCUGCUCACAUUUUUCCUUCAGAAACAAAAGCUGUGCUCAUCAGUAAAGGACUCUACACAAGGGAGCCCUGUUGAAGACCAGAACAUUGUGCAUACAACAGUCAAUGAUCGAACACAGAGCAGUGAGCAAGCAGCAGUUCCUCCUGUUGUGCUAGCUGAAGGGGAAUGUCAUUAUGCUGAGGUUCACUUUCAUCGACAAGGAAGCAGCCAGCCGACAGUGACAGCUGCUGAAAGGAGCUCAGAGUACGCAGUUAUAAAAUGGGACAGAAACUGAAGUUCAACAGGACCCUUUCACUCUGCAGCAAGGAGCAGCCAAGAACAGCUCACUCGAACAGACUCAUCUUGGCUUCAACUUCACAUUCACCCAGAUUCAGGCUUCCUCACCAACAAUUGCCUCAUGUCCAUAUGUUCCCAGACCCUGAGAUUAUUGGGCACUCAAACCCUCCCAGAGCCUGAGAUUACUGCACACUCAGACCCUCCCAGACACUGAGAUUACUGGGCACUCAGACCCUCCCAGACCCUGAGAUUACUGAGCACUCUGAUUCUCUCUGACCCUGAGAGUACUGGGCACUCUAAUCCUCUCAGACCGUGGUAGAACCUGGAACAGUACAGCACAUGAAUGGGCCCUUUGGCCCACGAUGUUGUGCUGAACAUUAUGCCAAAUUAAACUAAUCCUUUCUGCCUGCCCUUGGUCCAUAUCCCUCCAUUCCUUGAAUAUUCAUGUAGCUUGUUUAAAAGUGCCUUAAAUUCCCCGAUUGUAACUGGCUCCACCGCUAGUCCUGGCAAUGGGUUCCAGACUCCUCCCACUCUGUGUGAAAUGACUGCCCCUCAUGUCUCCUGUGAACGUCCCCUCUCUCACCUUAAAUGCAUACCCCAUAGUAUUAGACAUUUCAACUCUGGGAAAAGGAUUCUGAUCAUCGAUCAUAUCUAUGCAUCUCAUUGUCUAAUGGACUUCUAUCAAACCUCUCCUUGGCCUCUGCUGCUCCAGAGAAAACAACCCAAGUUUUUCUAGCCUCUCCUUUUGGCUCAUAUCCUCUCAUCCAGG